GGUUAUAAGUAGCGGCUGGCGGGCCGUCCGAGCCAGUGGUUUCCUUGCACUGAUCGUGAGAGGAUGUAAGCAUCGACACCUUGGGACCUUCGGAAAGUCUGCCUAUAAGGAAACGCAGGAGCAAAGGAGAAGGAUAUCUACGCGAGGCCGAGCGAUUCGCCCAGAGACGCAGGAAAAAAGGAGCGACGGACCAGGACAAAGGCGCAGGAGCCACGGCAAGGUGAACCACUCUGCGGCCGAGGGAGACUUGGCUCUCGAGGCGCGGCGAGGGGACGCGGAGCCUCCAGUCGCCCCAGGAGGUCGGCCGAGCGAGCGCCGGCGAGUGCGUGGCCGCGGAAGGGAAGCGCCUGUGCUCAGAGCCAAAGGGCAGCGCCGUCGUGUGGUUCCUCCGACAAUCUAAGGGAGCAGAGCCUGCCCGGAUCUUACCGAGCCUCGAGCGAACGCUGACGGAGAGCGCGAGGACGGGGAAGUUCCGGCGGCGGCGACCAUGAGGCAGAAGGCGGACGACGCCCGAAGGGGCUCCACGGACGGCAGGCAGGAGAAGUCGGUGAAGCUGCCGCGGCGCAUGUCGGCCAGCGUGGCCAAGCAGGAGACGCGCUGGGGCAUGAGCAAGGAGACGAGGAGCGGCCUCAAGGUGACGGCGCUCUGGAUCACCUACCUGCUCCUCGGCAGCGUCGCCUUCAUCUACCUCGAGCAGACUAGCACCACCACCGCCACGCCCAAGGACCACCACCACUGGGCCAGGUUCAAAGAACUGGCAUCCGCAGGAGACGCGUUGGAGGAACUGCUGGAGCUCCGGCUGCACAUCCUACAGCUGUGUCCGCAUCCUGUCAUCAACGGAACCUUUGGUUUGCUGGAAUCGAAAGGCGAGAGAGAGAGCCAUGGCCAGGCCCCAGGGUCCGCCGCCCACCAGGACAAGCUCGGACUGGGCGCUGAUUGGCCGAGCGCCGUGGAGGAGGAGUGCCAGGAGAGCCUCAGGAUCAUCGAUCACGUGACCGAGGUGGAGAAGUGGACGCUGGUCGACUCCAUCUACUUCACCAUGACGGCGGUCACCACCAUCGGCUACGGCCACAUCUCGCCCGCGACACGCUACGGGCGGCUGUUCUGCGUGCUGUACUCGCUGGUGGGCGUGCCGCUGACCUGCAUUCUGAUGGCGUAUUCGUCCGAGAUGCUGUCCAACCGCAUGCUGCAGCUGUACACCUCUGCCAGGAAGCGGCACCAGCGCCACCGCAAGACGCUCCUCUACGGCAUCACCUGGAUCUACCUCAGCGUCGGCUUCAUCGUGUUCAUGUUCCUGCCGUCGCUGGCGCUGUCCAAGCUGGAGGACUGGAGCUACGAGGACGCUCUCUACUACACCUUCAUCACGCUCAGCACCAUCGGCUUCGGCGACCUCGUGGCGGGAUACCGCAAGGACCAGCCCUACAGCGAGGUCUACAAGUUAGCCAUCGUCGUGUGGAUCAUGAUGGCCCUCGGCUACUGGUUCCUGCUGCUGAACUUCCUGCAGAAGGCGCUGAAGAGCAACGUGCCCCGCAGGAUUAAGAAGACCCUCAGGUCGAAGAGAAUCGCCAAGCAGGCAGAGUUCUUCCGGCAGCUCGUGGGCAGGGUGAAGCUCGGGCAGCGCAAGGCGUCGCUGGUGGACGGCGACCGCGGCGUGGUGGCGCUCAUGGUGGAGGUGGCCGGCGCCUUCGUGGGCGACGAACCCGGCAGGACGUCCAGGAAGCAAAGCCUCAGGAUCGACUGCACGCAAGGGCACGACGACUCCGACAGCGAGGCCAACGAGCCGCUGACGCUGUCCGACCUGCUGGACGUGAACGUGGUCCUGCGCUCCGACUCCAUGCCCGCCAUCAGGAACCUGGUGGCGCAGACGGGCACGCCGGCCGAGGAGUACUCGCAGAGCCUGCACGGCAUCAUGACGGGCGCGGCGGAGGGCGAGGGCCAGGCCGGCGACGCCGAGGGAGGCCAAGCGGCCGAGAGCUUCCCCGACGAGGUGGUGCUGCCGCUGAGGGAGGUGCUGCACCUGGUGUCGCUGGUGGCGUCCGUGGAGGAGCAGGUGCACAACACGGCCGAGGACGACGACGCCACGGCCUGCAGCAGCACCACACUACAGGAGGACCCCAACGCCUCGCCCGCCGACUCCACGCCCUCCAUCGUGACCUUUGACCCCCGCGAGAACGUGCCGCUGCUCAGGGACAUCUUCCACUGCAAGCACAGCCACCCUGCCAAGAGCGGCUACUGCAACGGCAUCAAGAUGAAGUCGCGCAUGCGCACGCUGAGCCAGCGCGAGGAGGAGGAGAUCGACGAGGUGCUCAACGAGGUGUUCGACGUGAGCACGGACGCCGAGGAGGACGAGGAGGAGGAGGACACGGAGGGCGACAACGAGAGCCAGCUGGAGGACGACGAGGACGAGGACGAGGGCGAAGGCGAGCGCACCAGGAGGCUGGGCGACGGGCCCAAGACGCUGCAGGACGUCGAGGCAGGAAACUACUGCAUGCGCGGCAAGAUUGGCUGCGUCCACAAGAGGUAGGGGAGGCCGCGCACGAGCAGAGGAAUCCACGCCUGAGCGACGAGAGCCGCCGACGCGAUCCUCAAGCACGCCCGUCCGCCUCCCUGGAACGGCGCCCCUCGCAGCCUCUCGCCAAGGACUUCCACGCUGCCCCCGUGGGCGACGUCUCCGACUCACGCUCCGACGUCGGCGUCUCUGACGGACAUAUUUAUCAAUGGUUUCCUUCCUCUCCGUCCUCGCCAUGAAUUCCUCUUCUCGUAGGAUGACCGCAUGGAAGGCGAGCGCCCCAGACGAGCGCCUUGUGCCCAGCCCGCGCAGGGCUCGCUCGCCGAACCUGGACUCCCAUGAUAGCCACAGUGCCACGUCUCCUUCUGCAGAAGCAUACCCAUGUGCCUUAAUAUGUGUCGGGGUAUCUGAACGUCUGUCAGUCUAUUUUCUGAUCUGCAUUUCUAUGCAGCAAUCUCUCUCUCUCCCAAAACGCAAGUGUACAAGGGAGGCAGAAAACUUUACGGGGAAACUUCCUCAAAUGAACGCAGCCUUCACAUGAUAUGUAUUUCUUUGCUCUGGUGAUGUGUAAAGACAGCUGUGUGUUAGGGAGAAAUUAGCUACAACUUAUUACUGUAUAGUAUUAUUGUUUUUAGACUAAAACUAGACUGACUUGUAAUAUGUUAUAGUAUGUAAGGUAUACAGAGAUUUGUAAGAUCUAACACCUUGUUAACAAGAUUUAAAUUGAUUCCACAAUAUGAAUACAGCACAGUCAAAUUGAGUAACAUAAUACAAUAAGUAAUUACCAAGGUCCAAUUCUGUAUCGUUAAGCUGUAGCAAAAACGAUCAUAAUGUCAAACUUUUUUUAUAAGAAUAUGAAAAUUCUGGAAAAUCAGCAUAAAAAGGAAACAAAGCUUGGGACAACUUCACGCACUGACGUGCCUUCAUAUUUCAGAGGAAGUUUUGCACGCCACAGUUCCAAAACGUGAAGUUCCUGAACAAUAUUAUUCUUUUUCAUUAUAUGAAAGCAAUAUACGUUGUGCUAUGGCCGUGUGUGUUUGUCCACACAGCAGGCCGUUCAGUCUAAUGUGAUGAUAGCGGUAAGAAGCCUCGAGGCCCCAGUCAAAGAAAUUGUCGUGACGUUACGAACAGAUGUAACGUCAUUCCAAGAUAUGAUGUCAGGGACAGAUGAGAUAUCAGUCCAGAGAUGAUGUCAUAAGCAGGUGUGAUAUCAACCCCAGAUGUCAUACACAUGUGAUAUCAGUCUCAGAUAUUGUUAUUAGCAAGUGUGAUGUCUGCUCCAGAAAUAUCAUAAACAGGUGUGAUGCAGAUAUGAUGUCAUGAUGAGGUAUGAUGUCAUGAACAGGUGUAAUAUUAAUCCCAUAUAAUGUAACGAACAGGUACGAUCCCAGUCCCUAAUAUGAUGCCGUGAACAGGUGUGAUAUUAAUCCCAGUAUAGUGUCAUAAUCAGGUGCGAUGUCUGUCCCGGUAUGAUGUGAGCAGUGAUGUUAGCCCCAGCUAUGAUGUCAUACACAGUAGCAGCAUCUCAAAAUACUUUUAAAUAUUUAACUGUUGGCUAGUUGUACGUCAUUUUAUAUUAUAUGUUUCUGUUCAUCGUAAAUCUGAUUGACUGAUAGAGAUUGACAGCAUGAUAAAUAUUCCAUUUUUUAUGUAAAUAUUUGUACAUAACGACUCCAGUGGAUUGAUGUAACUAGGCUUCACCAAUUAGGAAGUCACACAUUAGAAAUCUUUAGAAAGCGCUUCAGCCAAUCAGACGACCGCAUUUCGUCAUGUCAUGAAACUGUCUUUCUGGUUGGCUGGAAGUUUAUAUAAGAAUGCCGUAUCCUUUGAAACCUACGCUGUGAUUGGUUGAUUGUGAAUGUAGCGUUGACGAGCGACCUCACGUGCAUCUUACCUCAAACGUAGAUUUUGUAGAAUGUAGUGCAGCUGGGAGCACUGGCGAGUCAUGUAUUGCUGUGAGAUAUAUAUAUAUUUUUCAUUGACUAAAGAUGUCUUUCAUAUCGCCGGUUCUUCGUGUUUUCCGAAAUCUCGCUCGGGAGCCGACGUCGGAGUGCAUUUGGGAUGAUGGGCGGGCUUGGGCCGUUCCAUAGGCCUACCUAGCUUCGAUUGAGUUGUGAAGAAUCUUUCAUUGUAAGUUUAGUUAUUGAAUUAGCCAGUUCAUGCAGUCAUCUCUUAUUAUAAACCCUAAACUCUUUUCUUUCACAAAAGUCAGCCUGAUUUCUGCGUGCGCAGUAUAUUCUCUUGGGCAACUCAGACCAUUCAGUAUUACAUUUACGAGUUAAGAUUUAAGUUGCAGGUGGAAGGAAACCGCUUCGCUUCGCUUGGUUGAGCCAGAGGCGCCAAAGGAGAAUCCUUUAGAAAGAGUCAUCCCCGCCUAACCCCUGCUUCGCUCUCGUGGCUUGGGCAGCCGACACGAGUUCAGCCGACAUACGGACAGGUUGCGCCAGUCCUGCCGACGAUGGCAGAAUGCCACUCUGUUGGCGUGCUUGCUUUGAGGAAACCGACUUACAGAGGGUGCGCCUAGCCCGGCUGCCUGCCACGAAGAGCAAAGCAAAUAUAUCUUCGGCAUUAUCGCGUGAGCUCUAUUGACUCUGAUAAUCCUUCUCCCUUCCUGGCACUUAAAAGGCCAGGGAAUGUUAACGCACAGCUUUUUGUUAGUGUAUACAUAUUAUUUCCUCUUUCAAUUCCGAACUUUCAUUUCACAGAAUGUAAGCCAUUUUAGACAACACGUUAUGACAUGAGUCUUUUGCCCUGCUGCCCAGAAGUCCUCCUCGCAGACCCCUUAGCCUCACCUGCACGCCUUGCUCUUGCUUCCCUGCUUGCACUCACCCCUCCGCUUGCACCCUCGCUGUCCAGUUCCUGCCUUUCCACCCUCUACCGCACAUGCACUGAACUCCCCCUGCUCCAUGCACUGUGGGACCUUCUACGCCUCCUUGCGCCCAGUCACACUGAAAAACCCUCAUCCUAGAUGCAUCUCCAAGCGGCUGCACCCGCCUGGGACGGGCUUCAUCCGUGUCUAACCGCCAAGAGCUGAGUGUGCACAUGCAUCCGCCUCGGGCCAGGUGCAUCCUCCCAGAGCGGCUCAGCCUUAUUGCUUAGAACCAGCCUCUUCCAGCGCUCACUGCGAAGAGCCAGCUGCACCCAGCUGUACCCUCCUAGACAGGCUCAUCCGAUUGUAUCCGCUUGGAACCAGCUUCCUGAGGCUGCCUCCGGCUGGAUCUUGCUCCAUCCAGCUGCGUCUGCCCAGACCAGCAUCGUUCAGCUUCAUCCGCCAAAAGCCACAUCCAUCCCUCAGCACUGCUUCAUCCGGUCAGGGCCAGCUGCACUCCGCUGCAUCCGCCCGAGACCAGCCUCACCCGCUCACCCGACCACCACCCAUUCCAGCCAGAGUCUUUCUCGAAACUUCUGCACUGAACAACACUUUCUAGGCCGUUGUCUGUGUAGAGACGUAUAUAUAUAGAUUGUUAAGUCAUAUUGUUAUAUUCUCUCUCUCUCUCUCCCCUCUCUCUCUCUCUCUCUCUCUCUCUCUCUCUCUCUCUCUCUCUCUCUCUCUCCCU